AUGGCAAAGAGCAAGAACCAUACAAAUCACAAUCAGAACAAAAAGGCCCACAGAAGAGGUAUCCAAAAGCCCAAGAGACAAAGAUACGCUUCUCUUAAGGGUGUUGAUCCAAAGUUCCUCAGAAACAGACGUAGAUCCGUCAAGAGUAUGGUCGAAAAGAGAAGAGCUGGAGGCAAGUGA